GCGGAAACCAAUAGCGGAGAAGUUUGUUGCCGGGUGGGCAGAGCGGCGGGCACAAGAGUAGGCCGGGUGGUUUUUCUUUCAUACUUCAUCCCCUCGCCUCUCUUUCAUCGCACCGUUUCGUCUUCAGCCGGAGCACCGACGGUUAUUGUUCGACGGAACCAUGAGGGGUGACAGAGGCCGUGGUCGUGGUGGGCGCUUCGGUUCUCGGGGUGGUCCUGGAAGCGGGUUCCGUCCCUUCGUGCCUCAUAUCCCUUUUGACUUCUAUGUGUGUGAGAUGGCUUUCCCCCGCGUGAAACCAGUGCCGGAUGAGACUACCUUCAAUGAAGCCUUGCUGAAGAGAAACCAGGACCUUGCUCCAACUUCUGCUGAACAGGCUUCCAUCCUUUCUCUGGUGACUAAGAUCAACAAUGUGAUUGAUAACUUGAUUGUGGCACCAGGAACAUUUGAAGUGCAAAUCGAAGAGGUUCGCCAGGUGGGAUCCUACAAGAAAGGCACCAUGAUGACUGGCCACAACGUGGCAGAUCUAGUUGUGAUCCUGAAGAUCUUGCCCACAUUGGAAGCUGUUGCUGCCUUGGGGAACAAGGUUGUGGAGAGCCUGAGGACGCAGGAUCCCGCUGAAGUACUGACCAUGCUCACCAACGAGACCGGUUUCGAAAUCAGCUCCGCCGACGCGACGGUCAAGAUUCUGAUCACCACCGUGCCCCCCAACCUUCGCAAGCUGGACCCAGAGCUGCACCUGGAUAUCAAAGUGCUGCAGAGCGCCCUGGCUGCUAUCCGGCACGCCCGCUGGUUUGAGGAAAACGCUUCUCAGUCCACGGUAAAAGUCUUGAUCCGUCUGCUGAAGGACAUCAGGAUGCGGUUCCCAGGCUUUGAACCCCUCACGCCUUGGAUUCUUGAUCUGUUGGGACACUAUGCAGUGAUGAACAACCCCACCCGACAGCCCUUGGCCCUCAACGUAGCUUACAGGCGCUGCCUUCAGAUCUUGGCAGCCGGGCUCUUCCUUCCUGGCUCUGUUGGCAUCACCGAUCCCUGUGAGAGUGGCAACUUCAGAGUCCACACAGUUAUGACCCUGGAGCAGCAGGACAUGGUUUGCUACACAGCUCAAACCCUGGUCCGCAUUCUUUCUCAUGGCGGGUACCGGAAGAUCCUUGGCCAGGAAGGAGACGCCAACUACUUGGCUACUGAGAUGUCUACCUGGGAUGGGGUGAUUGUGACCCCAUCAGAGAAGGCGUACGAGAAACCCCCGGAGAAAAAGGAAGGGGAAGAGGAGGAGGAGAACCAGGAAGAGACGGCUCCUGGAGAGGAGGAGGAGAGCAUGGAGACCCAGGAGUAACCCCCCCCCAGUGGAAUCUGCCAGUUUCCUGAUGGAUGAACCAGCUGACGAAGUUGCAUUACAGGACAUAGCUUGAGUCCUUUCCAAUGUGUUAUUUCUAAUUGCCUCGUUUUUAUAGUUCUUGCCAUUAAAAUGGUGUUUUCCUUUUAAAA